AUGGACAAAAAGCAUUUGGUUAGUCCAUUGAAGGAGAUAGCGUCCUCAAGCUCACCACCCAGUAAUAUUGCAUCCCACCUCCUUUCCGAUUCCCUUUUCCCUCCAAGGAAACCGAAAAAAGCGGUGGGAGACGAAAUGGAUGAAUCCGACCAUGAAGAGGUGGAAGCUUCUGAUAGUGACGACUCUGAUACACCAGGUAAAAAGAAGGACCCGCUUGCCACUCAAGUAUGGCGAAUGUAUACCAAAGCAAAAGACACACUGCCAAAUGGGUCUCGUUUAGAGAACCUUACAUGGCGUAUGAUGGCCAUGACUUUAAAUAAGAAGAAGGCUGAAGCUGAAAGAUUAGCCCGAGAAGGCUCAGCUAGUCGCUCUCCUGCCAGCGCAACGGUUGAUGCUCCCGAAUCACCAAUACCUUCAGAGAUGGAACAAGAUAACCCAAUUUUUGAUCACUUUGAUCGCUCCAACACCCCGCCUGUGCCCGAUGACACAACUACAUUAUUAUCAUCAUCGGCACCUCCAUAUGGUUUUGACUUUUUGACACAUGGACCAAAUCCACCGCCGUCAUCUUCACAACUGCAGCCACCGCCGUCGCCAAAAGAACGUCAAACCAGCUUCUCUAAGAAGGUGAAUUUACGCAAGAAUGUGAUGAUAUCGGGCAGCGCCCGUGCAUCCACCAGUCUAAUGCGAAAGCCCUCUAAUCCAAGCGACCUCCAAUUGGCUCAGUCAACCAAACGAAGAGCAGACACAUUAUUAUCCACCAAUGCUGUGGAUAGUAUUACCAUCCCAAGCGACAUGCCUGGUGAUUCAGAUAUGGAUGAGGCUCCAUCGGAGAGUAGUACGCCUACGACCAGUCAGCUUCCAUACAGCACCUCCGCCGGCAAUAGCGAAGCUGCAGCAGCAGCCGCCCAUACGGCCAAUGUUAUGAGUCAGUCUUUACCAAACUACAAUAUGGGCAACACCAUGUUCCCAGCGACCCCAUCCAGAGCCAACUCCUUCACUGUUGAUGGCGGCAGCAAUGAAGCUGGGUAUUUUUAUUCCAGUGACGGGUUGCACCAUUCAAUGUCCCACGGUUCUCCCGGUGGAUCUUCGAUCAGCUCUACACCGGGUGAUACGACGUAUUCAGCACAAUCACCCAGUUAUAACAUGGGUGCAAUGAGUUUUGAGGAUUUAUUUGCCAUGUAUUACGCCAAUGGCAGUGGUAAUCCUAGUGGAAACGACAUCAACAAUAGCAUGCUGGCCAUGAUGGGAAGUGUAACCCACUCGCAAACACCGAGUGACACGUCACAUGUGACACCCUCCCAGUUGAUGUCUCAAUCAACAACACUGCCUACCAGCAAACCAGCUCCCAUCAAAUUCGGGUCACUAGAGGAGAAGCUUAAGAGUCAACAGCAGAUGUCACAAUCAUCUUCUGUGAAAUUAGAAGACAACCUAUACGGCAAUAACUCGAGUAGUACCACCGAUCUUUCAUCGUCACCCGACAACAACCUUGAUGACAGCAAGUCAAGUGAGUCUUCAUCCUCUUCCAAAAACAACGUUCCCAGUGGAGUGACAAAGUGCUCGAACUGUGGAACCACGACAACACCAUUAUGGCGACGGAACCCUGAAGGCCAACCACUGUGCAACGCCUGUGGUUUGUUCUUGAAGUUACACGGCGUAGUGCGCCCACUCAGCUUAAAGACCGAUGUGAUUAAGAAGCGCAAUCGAAACAAUGCUGUAGCGACCCCAAGUACGAGUAAUCUUGCUGCUAUAUCAAAGCAACCCAAACCACGAUCCACGACAUUUGUUCAAAAUGCUGUACCAGGAGGUUCCAUACCCAAGCGGGCGUCUAUUACCACUACCCCCACCACCACCACUGCCACAAACACCUCCACCGCUACCAGUCUUCCCAAUACCACCCCCAUCCAGCCUCUUAACGUUAAUACGACACCUCGACCCGUGUCUUUUACUGAUCAUAGAGGGGUGAAUGGGCCUCAAGCUAUCAAUAAGCGCCAGCGACGAUCGAUCAGCGGAGAACGAAGCUUAUUGAACAUGCAGCCAUCCAUUGCUCCUCAACCUCAAUUCGCCGUGGGCAGUGCUCCCGCAUUGUCAGCCAUGGGAGGUCUUGCUCAGCAUCAUGGAAGUAUGGACAAUAAUCAAACGAUGCACCCAGCUCUGGGCACGAGUGCACCGUUUGGAUCAGAGAUGACGCCUGAACGAAUGCAACAGUUAUUAUACAUGCAUCACCAGCAACAACGACAGCAGCAACAUCAACAAAACAGCGGGUCUGGAUGGUGA